AUGCUGAAACCCUCGACUCUUGCUAUUUGUUCGAGCUCGAACCUCCCCACCUUCGUUUGGCCCUUCUCGUCGAUAACGUCACCAUCGCCAUGCUUGCGAUCAAGACGACUUUCUGCAUCAACCCAACGCACAACACGACAGCAGCGGAGAAGCGUCCGUGGCUACGCAACAGUGCACGAUGGACACAAUAACUCCUCCUCCAACUAUCAUCCCGAUCCUUCCAAGUGGCCUUCGGCCGCCAAUCCGACACCAUAUCAAAUCUUUGACCAGAAGAUGACCGCACCCUACAGCAAAGCACGCUUCUACGAGCUAGUCAAGCUUUACCAUCCUGACAGGCACAGGCAUAGUCUUGAUGAUACCUUGUCUGAUAAAACACGUCUUGAGAGAUAUCGUCUGGUCGUAGCCGCCAACGAGAUUCUUUCCGAUCCGGGCAAACGGCGCGCAUAUGAUCUCUACGGUGCAGGGUGGGAUUCGGUUCGUUCUAUGGACAACAUGAGUUUCCGUAACGCCGAUCAUAGCUGGCGCAACGAGCCGGGCAAUCCUUCGAUGAAUGCGACGUGGGAAGACUGGGAAAGAUGGUAUGGCGAACGGGGCGGCGGUCAGAAGCAGAAGCAACAGACGGUCUUCAUGAGCAACGAGCUGUUUGUCGUUGUCUUGUGCGCUUUUAUCGUUGCUGGCAGCAUGGGACAGGCGAGACGAGCGAGUGCAAAUACAAUGGCCAUCAUCGAGAUGCGAGAUCAGAAACACGACGCCAUUAGCCACGACAUGGCGAGAAGACGAACUGAACAGGGUCCCUUGACUAGGCAUGAGAGGGUUGAGAGCUUUUUGAGACAACGAGAGGGUUGGAACCUUGCUUCCUCGACUGCAUCGCAUGGUCACCACCAUGACGAGGAAGGCAAAUGA